GCCGUGCAGUGUUUAAAAAGCUCUCACUGGUCUUUUCUUUCUACUGUUAGAAAUUUAUCCACGAUGAUUACCCAGACUGUGCUGCUUUUUCUGUGCGGUUGUUAUGUAAACUGUGUGUCUGCAAAAAGCCUUGAUAUUGACAAAUUAGAACGGCAACUCAAUAGACUUCAUGAAGCAAUUGUGAAUGUUACGAAGGAAAAUAUAUAUGUCCGACAAAAAAUUUCUAAUCUUGAAUGGUCCUUUAAAAAGAAUGUGACAGAAUUGGAGAUUCAAAAUGCAAUUGUCUCAGAGGAAGUUCUAAAGAAGAUAGUGAAAAUCAAAAAACAAUACGUAGUUCUGACGGACCUCAUAGAAAAGAAAAAGCUUCUCGAUACAGAAAUUAAAGAACUUCAACACUGGAUAGAAGUAAGAAAUGUGGGCAUCAUGUUUAUGAAUCAAGACAUAGAAGUGUAUAACUGGAGAAUAGGACACGGUUAUUCUGAGAAAUGUAUGCAGUUCCAAGUGUCCCCAGUGUUGCUGGUUGAGCAGCCAGACGAAGAUGAAGACGUGUCGGAUGAUGAAGACGUGUCGGACGAUGAAGACGUGUUGGACGAUGAAGACGUGUUGGACGACGACCUGCAAAUGGUCUUUUGGCUUCAAAACGAAUGGAAUCAUUCUAAGUCAAAAUUGACCUACUUACAGUCUGUACAGAAAGAACUAAAAUUGAAAUUGGAUCAAUUGACUCCAUUAUACGAACUUAAAAUUGAUAAUUUAUUAAAAUUACUUGAGAGAAACAUAGGAGAUGAAGAACUCGCGAGAGAAACUGAGAAGAAAACAAAAACGCAGAUUACGGAAUUGAGUGUUAGAAUAUCAGAGUUAGAAUUGGAAAAGAAUAAUUUGAUAAAGGAGCAAGAAAAAAUUAAGCAUAAAGUAGAUGAUAUAAGAGGUACUCUCUUAAAAAUUAAGGAAGAAAUUGCUUGCUUUCAUAAACUGGAACAGACAAUCUUGAAUACAACUCCUGUGCCUCACUCAGUUGAUACACAAGUCACUACCUCCACUCCAGUCACAGCCUCUAUUCCAGUCACGGCCUUUAGUCCAGUCACGGCCUCUAGUCCAGUCACAGCCUCUAGUCCAGUCACAACCUCUACUCCAGUCACGGCCUCUAGUCCAGUCACGGCCUCUAGUCCAGUCACUACCUCCACUCCAGUCACAGCCUCUAUUCCAGUCACGGCCUUUAGUCCAGUCACGGCCUCUAGUCCAGUCACGGCUUCUAGUCCAGUCACAACCUCUACUCCAGUCACGGCCUCUAGUCCAGUCACGGCCUCUAGUCCAGUCACAACCUCUACUCCAGUCACGGCCUCUAGUCCAGUCACGGCCUCUAGUCCAGUCACGGCCUCUAGUCCAGUCACGGCCUCUAGUCCAGUCACAGCAUCUAUUCCAGUAACGGCAUCUAUUCCAGUCACGGCUUCUAGUCCAGUCACGGCCUCUAGUCCAGUCCAGUCACGGCCUCUAGUCCAGUCACGGCCUCUAGUCCAGUCACGGCCUCUAGUCCAGUCACAGCAUCUAUUCCAGUAACGGCAUCUAUUCCAGUCACGGCUUCUAGUCCAGUCACGGCCUCUAGUCCAGUCACAACCUCUAGUCCAGACACAACCUCUACUCCAGACACAAUCUCCACUCCAGUCACAACCUCUAUUCCAGACACAACCUCCACUCCAGUCAUAACCUCCACUUCAGACGCAACCUCCUCUCCAUACAUAACCUCCACUUCAGUCACAACCUCUACUUGAGUCACAACUUCUAUUCAAGUCACAAAUUAUAGUGAGUACAAUUAAAUUUGGAAUUUUAGUAGACUAAAAAGUUUGUAAUCUUGAAUUAAAUCGGAAUUAUUCAACUCAA